AUGCAGGAGGCAGAGAACACAAGCAAAACUUACAGUCAAGACCAAGAGAAGCUAAAAGAAAUACCUUCUCUUCCCUUAAAGAGUUUUCUGAACAAUUUUUUUUUCCGGAAUAUAUGAAAUACAAUUACGUUUAUCCACACUGCCUUCAAGCCUUUGGCUGGGUCCUAAACAGUCCCCUCAGAAGAGACACACCCAAAUCACUAACAGUUAAUUUCAGUGUCCAAGGCAGCAAGACAUAAGAAGAGCAGUUUCAGGAUUUCUACAACCAAGAAUUUAAUAACUCUAACCUCAGUUCGAAACCAUCUAUGUCGCCGAACAACCAAAGAGCAUUGGACAUAAUGAAAGAAACAGUUCAGCUUAAGAACAGCGACUUUGAAAUUGCUGUGCCAUGGAAAAUGUACCCUCCAAAUCUAGAAAGUAACUGAUCAGUGGCCGAUCACUGACUAAGUCCUUUAAAGAAACUACUUCAAAGAGAAAGACUGGCUCACGGAAGAAAGAUUACACCAGAAAAGUUAACUGCCAGGACAGGACCACUAGGCACUCACUAAAGUGGUUUUCGACUUUCAACUGCUCUGCAAGGCACCUCACUGAACGACCAGCUGUUACAGGGGCCAGUCCUGACUAACACUUUUGUCGGUGUUCUCUCUAGAUUCAGGGAAAAGCAGAUUGUGCUGAUGGCUGACGUAGAAGCAAUGUGUCAUCAGGUAUGCAUUUAACCAAGUGACUGUGAUGCACUUCGGUUUCUAUGGUGGCUAGACGGCAACAUUGACAACGAGCCACAGGAGUACUAGAUGAGAUUUUAUCUAUUUGGAGGCACGUUCUGUCCAAGUUGCGCAAACUUCACUCUUAAAGAAAAAACAGUACAAGACAACAAGACUGAGCCGAUCAGUUCUGAUGAACUGGCCAUGAAACUUUCAAGUCAACUGUGUGACUUUCUUGCUCCAGGACGAUUUAAGCUUACACAGUGGUUCUCCAAUUCCCACAAGGUAUCGAGUCUCUACCAGGUUCAGAAAGAGCUGUACAAGCUGAUCUUUUGAAAGAGCCCUUGGUGUUCAAUAGAACAUAUCAUCCGAUCUGUUUGGAUUUAGAAUUGUCAUUAAGGACAGACCAGCAACAAGAAGAGGGAUUCUAUCUAUUGUCAGCUCAGUUUAUGACCCCCUUGGAUGUCACGCCCUUUAAACUCAUCACCAAACUGAGACUUAUGCUGCAAGAAAUAAUACUGAGAUGA